AGAGAAACUGUUGUGAGGAUCGACGGUUUUUGCAGCUUUUUGGGGGGAAAUGAGCCGCUCUGUAGUCUGAGGUUGCUCCCUCCUGACAUCUGGGGAUCCAGGGGGAGUGAGGUGGGAGGGGGACCGGACCCAAGCCCAGCACCACCCAGGCAGCGGGAGCAGCGGAGCAGCACGGAUCAUCCAUUUGUUGGUAGCGAGCGAGCCUAGCCCAUCAGAUGAAGAGUCUUCAGUUCCGGAGCAUCGCCCCCAAGGCCCCAGCCGUGGUGCCUUCCCCCUCCCCUGCAGCCCUGUCCUGCCACCCCCCGUCGGCCCUCCCUGAGGGUACCACAGCCUCCACCCCCAAGUCCAUCCUCGUGCCCGCCCAAAACUAUGCACUGAUGCAGAUAGCAGGUCAAGAUGGCACAUUCUCCCUGGUGGCGCUCCCCCCUUCCGUCUCCUCUCAAACACCACAGCAACAGACCCAGUCGAUACAAAAGAACCUCAAGCUACCUAUUCCCAGAUACCAGCCAAUGAGGAGCAAGGGGACCUCUGUCAAGGUGAAAUCCCCACCACUAGCAGCCAACAUGAAACCAGCUUCCAGCGUUUCUGUAUUGGAGCACAGCAAGUCAGUGGUGAAGGGAGCGUCAACAGCACUUAAGAACAAGCUACAAGAGUCUAAGCACACCGAAACCGUAGUGCCAAAAGAGGAACCUUCAGAGCAGGUGAUUCUCAUCGACCCAGCGUCCUCCGACAUCUCCGUCACCGCUCUACUACCUGACAAUGCCGUCGUCUAUUCAAGUUCUCAACUGGAGCGAGCAGCAGAUGGCUCUGAACAACCUGCUACAACCAGCCUUCUCCAAAACCUCCAGUACCCCAGUGCUGGUGCCAAAGUCCCCACUGACAGCUCCCUGGAGGAAAGUAAGCCUACAGUGCGGUUGUGCCAGUCUAAACAGGGUCCAGCUCAGCCCCAGAGCAGUAUCACUGUCCUGUCUCCGGCCAUCUUCAGCAAAGCAGUCCAGAUUAUCCCCUCCCCACCGAAGGGUAAACUCCCCAUUCUGCCCUACGCUAAAAUGAAGGGUGCUCUGAUCCCAGCCACCAAGCUCAGCAGUUUAUCCCCUGAGGAUAAAGGUAUUUCCGGACAGACGGGACUCUCCGGCUCCUUGGAUGCUACGUCUACGAACCUCAAGACGAUAGAAGUCUCAAAUCAGGUGCCAAACCCCCCUCAACACUCGCAGGCUAAGACCACACUUAUGCCUCUUCCCCUGCAGAAACCACCAGGCAAGAAGAGGGGAAGGAAGAGGAAGACCAUGGAGGACAUAUUGGCUUUUGAGGCCCGAAAGAAGAGGUCUUUGUCUUUCUUCCGUAGGAGGGUCCCAGAGAAACCACCAGCAGUCACUCCCGGCUCAAAACAAAAGGAAGUUGAUAUCUCUAAAAAAUACCGCAGUAUUCGCCCCAAGCCCGUGUUGGUUAUGGAGACAGUUCCCCAACUGGUGAGUUUGCCGGCCAUUAUACCCGACGGCCAGGACCAGGAACUCAUACUUGGUCAUCAGCUCCCCACCACCACCACCAGAGCCAAGGCCAUUGACGGUUCCUCCCAACCAGCUCCGGUGACCCUCCACCUCCGAGGGGGAACCCACCCUAAAGUGUUCAUAGGCAGCCGCCCGCUCUACCGCUGCACCAUCUGCAGCCGCUGUUUCCAGUUCAAGCACCACCUGCAGAGCCACGUGAACACCCACACCAACAGCCGGCCUUACGUCUGUCCCCUGUGCCGCAAAGCGUAUGCUCACAGGGGGAGUCUGAGCACCCACAUGAAGCUGCACCACACCGAGGUGCGGCCGCGCCGCUCCCUGUGCUGCGAGUUCUGCGAGAAGGCCUUUGGAUAUGUGGGGGUGUACUUCCGCCACCUGAGAGAGGUCCACAAGGUGGUUCUGACCGUGGAGCCGUCAGUCAGCCGUCCUGAGGACGUGCCCGCGGACGGAGCCGGCUCGCCGGAGGCUCCGGAGGAGCAGGAUCCCGACGAUCCGGUGGAGCUGCAGAUUAAAUGCGGCCGCUGUCAGGCUAUCACUCCCACGUUUGCCGACAUGAAGACGCACUUGCUGUGCGCGCACGGGGAGGAGAUCCAGGUCCGGACUCCGGAGGGGCAAGCUGCCUCGUCGUGCGGCCGCGAGGCAGAGAACGAGCUGGUGAAGCACGCCGCCCACUACUGGAGACAGCUCAACGAGAAGCGCAGCCUGGUCAAGUGCGGCAGCUGCGACGAGGAAUUCUUCUCCUUCUCCAAGCUGAAGAGGCAUAUGAAGUCCCACGGACAAUACAAGGAGGAGGAGGAGGAGGAGGAGGAGGGUCGGGCCUCCGCCGCCUCACCAGAAGGCAGCGGAGGCCUCGGCGUGCUGGCGGCAGGUCAGGACUUUAACUGUGUGCUCUGCAGCAAGGUGUUGGACUCCAAGCCGUUGGUCCUGGAGCACUGGAGGAUUCACCACCACUGUGAGCAGCCGGGCCUCUUGUGGGACGCCCUCAGCUCCUACUCCGGCCAGGAAGAGCGGGAGGCAGAUCGGGAUCUGGACACUCCUGCUUCAAGUCCAGAUUAGCCUGGCCAGCCCUUGCACUAGCGUUGCAUACACUCAGUUCUUGCAAUCAGCAGCGCAGGGAUAGAGAGUUGUAUUACUAUCAUGAUUAUUGGUAUUGCCUUUGUUUCAUCAUGCAGUCAUGUGCAAAAGAAAUAAAUCCCAAAUCAAAAUUCAGUUUAAAAGAACCAGGACAUAAUCUACAUGGAACAAAUCUCUGGUAUAUAAUCUGGCAUUUAUCAGGUCUUAAAAUUGGGUGAAAACAACCGUAGAAUACACUGCAAAAACUCAAAAUCUUAACAAGAAUAUUUGUCUUAUUUCUAGUUAUAAUUUCUCAUUUUUAGUCAAAAAAAUCUCAUUACACUUAAAACAAGAGUCAUUACCAGAAAAAUAACUUAUUUGACCAUUUUCACCUGUUUCAAGUAAAUUUUCACUUGAAAUAA